CACAUCCAGGAGGGUACCUGAGCGACGACCAAAGGAGCGAGUUCCGCCACACCUGUCCGUGCACAACCGUCUGCCAAGGAUGAUAAAUCCACAUCAAAAACUACAGCAGGGAUCAUGGUGAUCAAAUGUUUCGUGGCCGCGUUGUUCUUCCUUUGCGGUCCAUCGGAAGCGGAGAGUAAAGAUAUUUCCGAUGGCUUUUCAUCCACACAUUCGAAAUACACCGUGGUGUACCCCAAUCUAUUACAUCGAUGGAAAAGGAGUGCUAACGGAUCAUUUGACUCGACAGAGAGCAACGAAAUGGAAACGAUUUCUUACGAACUUGAUAUCAACAACAGAAAAAACCUCCUUCUGCUGAAACAAAAUAGAGACUUUAUCUCCAAAAGAUUUGUGCAGUAUUCCCAUCACAGUGGUGGCUAUUCCAAGUCUACACGAACAAACCAUGUUCACUGCUACUACCACGGCCAUGUGGAUGGGUACGAGGACUCACUAGUCCUACUCAGCACCUGCUCCGGCCUAAGGGGUGUGAUCGUCCUGCUCAACGAGAGUUUUGGGUUAGAACCGGUUCCACACUCCACGUCCAACGAGCACCACCUCUACCCUCUGGAGGAUGUGGCGUCAAAGGGCGGGGUCUGCGGCGUAGCCAAUGAGACGCCGGCGCAGGGACGACCUUCGCCCUUUGACCCGGGCCACACGUUGACCUCACUCCUGCGGCGGAGGAGAAAUCUGCCCGACACCAGAUUUGUGGAGUUGGUGCUGGUGGUGGAUAAUCUCAGGUAUAGAAUAAAGCAGAGCAAUGAGACGGCGGUGAUUGAAGAGAUGGUGGAAAUGGCUAACCUGCUGGACGGGUAUUACAAGCAGUUGAACAUCCGAGUGGCGCUGGUGGGCCUGGAGAUCUUCAAAGAUGAGAACCCCUUUAACGUGGAGCUCUCAGCCCCAGAGGUGUUGACCGGCUUCGUCCAGUGGAGGAAGACUGAUUUGUUGCCAAGAAUCCAGCAUGAUGUGGCCCAACUCAUUGUGGGUCUACCGGGCGUGUACGAUGGGGGCGUCCUGGGCAUGGCCUUUGUGAGCACCGUCUGUUCGGCAGCAUCAGCUGGAGGGAUCAAUGUGUUCCAAAAGACCUCAACGCUGCCCUACAUCUCAACCGUGGUGGCGCAUGAGCUAGGUCACAACUUGGGCAUGAAGCACGACAACAACGGCUGCCCCUGCGUUGGAAGCUGCAUCAUGGCGGCGACAGCGGGAGGAUCCACCAACUUCAGCACCUGUAGUGCAGACGACUUUGAGGCGUUGGUUCGCAAUGGCGGCGGUCUGUGUCUGAAGAACCCGCCCACCCACUCGGUGGGGCUCUCUCAGUGUGGCAACGGCCUGCUGGAGGAUGAGGAGCAGUGUGACUGCGGGAGGCCAGAGGAGUGCAACAAUAGAUGCUGUGACGCGGCGACCUGCAGGUUCUCCGCUGGUUCCUCCUGUGCUGACGGGCUCUGCUGCAACAACUGCCAGGUCAGAGUGGCGGGGACGCUGUGUCGCGAUUCCGUCAACGCCUGCGACCUUCCAGAGUACUGCCGCGGAAACAGCGGCUUCUGCCCCGAAGACUUCUACGUCAUGGACGGCCUGAGCUGUGAGGACGCCUCCGCCUACUGCUACGAAGGGCGGUGCCAGACCUACGACUCCCAGUGCCGGAUUCUCUUUGAGCCAGAGGCACGAAAGGCGGCCGAUGAAUGUUACUCUCAUGCAAAUGUGAGGGGAGAUAAGUUUGGAAACUGUGGAUAUGCUCGAGGCCAAGCCAUCAAAUGCAGCACAGACAACGUCAUGUGCGGGAAAGUGCAGUGUACCAACGUGGACGCCAACAAGCCGCCACUCGGCGGCAUCCUGUCCAACAUGAUGGUGGGCGAGUUCAAAUGCGUGAACGCCGACUUCAACCUGGGGCCGGACGUGGUGGACCCCGCCUACGUUAACCCUGGUAGCCCCUGUUCUCCAGGAAAGGCCUGUAUGGACUUCAAGUGUGUGAAUGCUACUGCUCUGCUGCCGAACCUGAAUUGUGACGCCCAGACCACCUGUAACGGCAACGGGGUUUGUGACAACCUGGGAGACUGCCACUGUGAUAAGGGGUGGGCCCACCCCAGCUGUGAUAGGUCAGGGAGUGGGGGGAGUGUCAACAGUGGGCCUGCUGCGAUAGACUACUCCCUCAGGGACGGGCUCCUCAUCUUCUUCCUGCUGGUCGUACCGGUGCUGAUCCUCAUCACACUGCUUCUGCUCUACAACUUCCGGCGGGGUUCACUGACCGCCUGCAUGAAGGCGACGAAACCCGGCAGCAAUAACAACAACAGGCCACCAAAUGCUCGUGGAAACGUGCAAACCCCAGUAGACAUGGUAACGAAAAAAGGACUUCUUCAUCCAUAA